AUGGGGGGCACUACUGGCACGGGAGGGGGUCCCAUCGGCUGGGGCGCUGGCAGACCCGGAAUCAGGGGCUGUGGGAGUCCAGGUUGCAUCGGUCCCAACGGUGGCGGCGGCCCCGGCGGCGGCGGCUGCAGCGGCUGGGCUGACACCUGCUACAUCCUCUCCUUCUCCAUCAUAAUGUUGAACACCAGCCUGCAUAACCCCAAUGUCAAAGACAAGACCCCCUUUGAGAGGUUCGUGUCCAUGAACAGAGGCAUCAAUAAUGGAGCAGACCUGCCGGAACCACUCCUGAGGAUUUUGUUUGACAGCAUCAAGAACGAACCGUUUUCCAUCCCUGAGGAUGAUGGGAAUGAUCUCACCCACACUUUCUUCAACCCCAGCCGGGAAGGCUGGCUCCUUAAACUAGGGGGCAGAGUGAAGACUUGGAAAAGGCGUUGGUUCAUUUUGACUGAUAACUGCUUGUACUAUUUUGAAUUCACCACGGAUAAGGAGCCUCUAGGGAUUAUUCCCCUGGAAAACCUUUCUGUUCGGAAAGUAGAUGACCCGAAGAAACCAAACUGUUUUGAGCUUUUUAACACAAAUUGCAAGGGGCAGAAGAUCAAAGCCUGCAAAACUGAUGGGGAUGGAAAGGUGGUUGAAGGCAAGCACCAGUCUUACAAGAUCUCAGCAGCCGUGCCAGAGGAGCGUGACCUAUGGAUUGAAGCAAUAAGAACCAGCAUUACUCGAGAUCCUUUCUAUGACCUAGUCGCAGCUCGUAAGAAAAAGGUUGCCAGCAAAAAGUGAUCCUUUUCCCUGCCACCUUGUUUUCCUAAUAUUUAACUUCAAGAAAAUGACUUCCCUGGAGUUCUCCAAGCAAUAGCCAACUUCCUGUCUGAAACAGGAAUAUGACUGAAAGGCUGGUGAACUGGACCUCAUCUUUCCAUUCAUAAGGCCAGAAUCUGGGCACCAUUUUCAGGAAUUAUGGCUGUUGUGUCUGUACAGAACAAACGUUAGCCAGCUUCUGAACUUCCCCUGACAUUUUUAUACAUCAUACUAAACAGGGUUAGAUGCUUUGUGAUUCCUUGAUCAUGGAUCUGGGUCUAUAUUAGCAGAUCAGAAGGAGCCCAGGAAAGAAAUGCAGCUGCCAUGACUUUAUAUUUCAAGAACUGAGACAAGAAGACCGACAUGUCCACCAAUGCCCUAACGAGGCAGGAAAAACCUGCUUACAUGGAAUCCUCUCCAGCUUGUUUCUCUGGGAUCUCCUAAGUAAAGAUACAGAUCUGAGUGUUCCCUAGCAUGUAGGAAUGAAGGAAUGAAUAAAUUCUGAUUCAAAGGACAGUGGUCACCUGGAGGGAUGAAGGGACGCAAUGCCCUGUGGUGGGGGUUGGCAAGAGGAAGUACUUUUGUAUCAUUGGCUCAUAAAGCUUGGCCCAUAAUUCUCCUGAACGUGUGAACUGCUGCCAACCAAGGCAACGGUAAUGCUGAAGUGUGGGUUCUCAGGACAGAAGCUUCCAGGCAUCCUGGCUCUAAAAUGGCAGUUCAGGGACAGGCGGUUCUUGCAUUCCCCGAGCUGGCUGCCACAUCAAUGCUGGAACAGAGGAGAAGAGUGGUUCGUAUCAGGAUUAGUAAGCCACUUAGAGGGCGGUCCCAUACAGAGGAUCAAGAAGCAAGCUCUGGUCUGGGAGACUUGCAUUCAAGCGUCAUUUCUGCUCCAGCUCAUGCCGAGUCCUCAGACAACUCAUUCCCUACUGGCCGGCUUCGGUUUCUCAUCUGUGAAAUGAGCAUUAAAAAAUAUCCUGCUUUGCUGGGAGCAAACAUGAUAACUACUUUGUAAAGCUCUUUGUGAAGCAGAAAUGCUAUGUAAAUGAUAAAUUGGCGGGAGGGGGGGAGAAAUAGUUGGCAGAGAAUGGUAAAAAAAAAUGUUUUGAAAAAUCAAAAGCAAAUGGAUGCAAAAACGUUUAAUGCAUCAACACACACGCUCAAAGCCAAAAGGAUGGACAAAUGCCAAUGCUUUUUAAAAAAAAUUAAAAUGUGGGGGAAAACAUCUUGCAGCCUUUGACACCUUCAGACUGGUUUUGUUUUAUCAACACCAAACAGAAGCAGUAGGCAUGCUGUAUUGCUGUGGUUCUCGUUUCUUUUAAUAAUGAGUCCCGGCACAUAAUUUUGUUGGUCAUAUUUACCACCUAUCUAGUUCUAAAUUAGCUUGUUGGUACCUAAGGAUGCAGAAAAGGAAGCCUGGGGGAUAAGGACAUUAGACCAAGGCCUGCAUUUCAAAUCCUACCUCUUCCACUGACUCUCUGGGAGACCUUUUGUAAGUUUUGGAGCCCUACUGCCUCAUCUGCGAACUUGGAGUUUUACUCUCCAUCCACAGAGGGUUAUUGUGAAGAUAGACAAGAGGAUCACUGUGACGCUCGCUGAAAGCUCCAUAGAUGUUAUAGCAUUGGUCAUAAUUAAGGCUCUGCAUAU